GCGCAUGUACUGAGAUGAGUCUCCUCUGACUUAACGUAAAGCCAGAGGGACGUGGGUACACGUAGAACCCACGUAGGAGCGCGAUCCCAUGGACUGAUGCGUGGUGCCUCGCCCUCGCGUAUGUACGCACGAACCCAUUGCAGAUCGCGACACGUUUCCGACCCCCCAUUUGCGUCAGCUAACAGCCACCAAUUCUUCGGCGUGGUUGACAGCCAAGUCGGCGGGUCGCUUCCUAAACACUGUAGUCUAGCACAACUAGUAGCAACCGGAAAAUGACAAAUCCAAGCCAACCCAGGGACAUCUCCCCACGCGCGCCCACCUGAGCACCCCAAGUCCCAAACCCGUGUGCUCCUGCACGCGCACACCACUGAUUCCCCCACAAAACCCCGUGCGCACCGCCCAAAACCGCGAGCCGCUCUGCCCACCGAUCCACCCUCCGCAUCCGCCGCAUCCCCAUCUCCAUCUCCCGCCUCCUCCUCCCGCCCGCCUCGCUUUAUUAUCUCUCCACCUCGCGCCCACGCGACACAACACACAGACACACCCACGGAAUUCCGCGAAUCAAUCGCAUCCAGCACACGGCAGCAGCAAUGUGCUUAGCCACGGUGGACGACGGCCGCCACGCCAUGGCGGCCUCCAUCCGCGCGCGCGCGCGCCUCGGUGUCCGCGCCUUCUACCUCCGCCUCUCGUCCCCGGCGCCGGCCGAGCUCACGCUCGUCUACCUCCCGGCCAUCGGCGGCGCCGCGCUGGAGCUCGGCGGGCGGGCGCUCCCGCCGGCCGCGCCCGCCGAGGUGCCGCUCCGGAGGGUGGGCGCCGGCGGCACCGACGCGGCGGCGUACGCGAGCGCCGACCGCGUCUGCGUCGCCGAGGGGGCGCGCUUCGAGGUGUACGCCGCCGGGAAGGAUCUGGUGGCGGACGGCGUCUUCUCGCGCCGCCGCGGCGGGGGAGGAGGGUGGCGCGUCGAGUGCCGCCGUGCGGCUGCGGCGGCGGCGGUGGCCGAGGUUGUGGUGCUCGAGGAGGGCGGCGCGCUGAUGAGGGCCACGGCGAAGGCGUCGGCGAGGGGGCUCGGGUGCGGCGGCACGAGGCUGGAGGGGAUACCGGAGGAAGGGUGGGGGUGCGACUGCGAGUGCGGGACGUGCGGGGAUGACGAGUGGGAGGUGGUCGGAGACGACGGCGAGCUCGACACGCCGGAGAUGGAGGCGGAGACGUUGACGUGGGCGCUGGAGAUGGGAGCAUGGGCUGUCUGCGUCGGAGUCGGACUUCUCGCCACGGCGAGGCGAUUCCGGCGGAAACGGGCGUUCUGGUGACCCGCUCGCCGCGACGGCCACCAAGAGGACGCCCUUUCGUUUUUUUUCUUUCACCUUUCAAGUGUAAAAUGUCCAAAUUUUGUAGAUUUUUAGUUCAAGAUUUCACAUCAUCUUCUCAAAGAGUGUGUACAUAUGAUCGAUCAACGAAAUUGCCUUCUCCAACGAAUUUUGUGACACUGAUCUUUGCAUAGAUAAUAGAAUCGUGAACAACAGCAGAGACCAAGUUGCCAAA